UAUAUAUUUUGUGUAUAGUUUCCUAGAAACAAGAGUAGCUCAACUUACCCCUUUGGCUCAACAUACCCCAGCCUGCCCUACCCACUGAAAUCCCCGGGCAGAACAUUGAGUCCUGAUCAUUGAGAUAUAUGGCCCUAUGCAUUAAAGAGGCUAACCAGGAUCUAACACUACAUGGGUAGUUUUAUUCCUUCCUUCCCCCUGAACCUGGUUCCUCUCUAGGUUUCUUCCUUCUAGCGAGUUUUUCCCGGCCAAUAUGUUUUGACUUUUCCUUCUGCUUUGCUUGCUCUGUAGAGGUUUAGGUCAGGUAACUGUAAAGCACUUUGUGACAAGUACUGAUGUAAAAAGGGAUUCAUAUAAUCAAUGUUAUUUGAUUGAUUGAUUGUUCUCUCCCAGCUGGGUAGCAUCUGUGUGGUCUAAGUGUUCCACUUCCUGUGGGCGGGGCUGGAGACAGCGGCAGGUGUCCUGUGGGCAGGUGGAGUCGGGGGGAGCGGUGAGGAUGCUAGCGCCAUCUGUCUGUGGGAGGAACACGCGGCCUGCAGACAGACAGGAGUGUACCUGCGACAACUGUCCAGCCUGGGUUACCAGCCCCUGGGGAAAGUGCUCUGGGAAAUGUUUGGGUCCCACCCUCACAGUCCAGAAGAGGUCGGUGAUAUGUAGACAUGUCAACGGCACACACACCCUGACUGUGACCCCAGAGAAAGGCCYGUCUCAGUGCGUAACUGUUCGUCGGAGCUGUGUGACGUGCACUGGCGCGUGGGGCCGUGGCGAGCGUGCACGGCAGCCUGUGGCAGCGGGUUUCAGUCUCGCAGGGUGGACUGUGCCCACCGCAGGAGUGGCAGAACCCUGGCAGACCAGCACUGCACCUGGCACAGACGCCCAGCCACCUGGCAGCACUGCCACGCCACCACCUGUGGAAGUGAAUGUAAAGACACCACCCACUACUGUGCCGUGGUGAAGAGGUUAAAGCUUUGCUCCAUCGACAUGUACAAGCAGAGGUGUUGUGAGUCCUGUUUACAGGAGGAUGGCUCCGCCUAGUGUUCUAGGAGGAAGUUGCCCCUAGAUGCUGGUCUUGGGUUAGUUUUGCAUUUCCUCCACUAGUGGUUAAGGCUUGGAAUGGGGAGGGGAAGCUGAUCCUAGAUCUGUACCUAGAGGAAACGUCACCCCUGAGCGUUGAGACACAGUGUGGACAACAUAACUCUUGGAAUCAUGGAUGGAGGGAUAGAUGGAUGGAUGGAUGGAUGGAUGGAUGGAUGGAUGGAUGGAUGGAUGGAUGGAUGGAU